CGGAUCGGGAAAUCGCCAGAAUCGACAAAGCAAGAAUACGAAAGCGAGAAUCGAAAACACGACACACGAUUUACGUGGUUCACUAACACGAUGUGUGUUAGCUACGUCCACGGGCGAGAGAGAGCCAGUUUCACUAUAUCGAGAAGAUUACAGAUUACAGAAGAGUAUGAGAAGUAUUUAUAGUACUUCUCCAUGUGGGUCUAAACCUAAUCCAAUCUGGCAAAGGAAACGGUUACAGACCAGGCCCAGAUUCCGAACCCAAAUAACAGCGAGACCCCCGAUUACCAGUCGUAGCGGCUGAUAGUCCGAUUCAAGUCACAUCAACAGUUCCUCUGCAAAAAUUUAAAACUUAUCUUUUGUUUAUGUAUUCUGGCUUGGUUUUGUUCCUCAGAUAUUGGCUCGGGCUGGUGAGCUGGUGAAACAUCAACCUUCACCCUUCAAGCAACUGAAGUCCUUCAGUUUGAUGUUCUCUAAGGAAUCUUUCAGUAUACCCUACCAGGUGAUCCAAUACUUUCUUGAAGGCUCUCUUAACGAAGAAAACAAGUGUGUUAUGAUUGACAAUGUACGUUACUGAAGCUAAACAGUAUUUCAUCUUGGCUUUUAAAUGAGUAGGAUUCAUUUAGUUUCACAUAAAGUCAGAUCUUGUGGUAUGAUAGAUACCACAAAUAGUUGAAUUCAAGUGAACAAUUAGCGGGUUGGCUCAGAACUUCAGUGCAAGAUUCUUACAUUUUUCCAUUUCAUUACAUUUAUGUCUGAGAGCAGUGGACUUCUGUUUAGUGUUGUUAAUGUUAAUGACAUUAACUUUUCGAUGAUAAGUUGUUUUCUUGUGUUAAUGCAAAGGACACGACCCCCAAAACAUGAGUUAGUGUGUGGUUCCUCGAUGCCAGUAGUAUUUCUGCAUCCAUCUGACUUCGAUCCAGUAGAAGCAUAGAAUCGGAGUUUAGAAGUGCUUGAUAUGAAUGAAUAGAGUCUCUUUCUUAUCUUUCUACUGCUGGUCUAGAGGUAGCUUGUUAUGUAGCCCUCGACGCUACUUCUCUUUUCAGUUAAGGUUCAACAUUUUGUUAUCAUGGAUAUAUAAAAUUGAUGUUUCCAUUUGGUUGCAAUUAUUAUUGAGAUUGAUGUUUCCAUUUGGUUGCACUUAUGUAAAAUUGAUGUUUCCAUUUUGUAAACCAAUUAAACAUUAACAAUAUUCUUUUGAAAAUUUACAAAUUAUUUGCUAAAAAUUUGCAAAUAAUUUUUGUACAUGUUAACAAACAUUUUGUAAUCCAAUUAAACUUUAAUAAAUAUUCAUUUGUAAAUUGUUUUUUACAAAUUUACAAACGUUUUGCUACACAUUCACAAAUUAUCGAUGUAUUUUGAUAUGCACACAAAAUUCAAAAUGUAGCAUAGACACGCUCAUAAUUUACAAGGGAUGAUUUUUAUUUUAUUUUAUUCAAGCGUAAUCUGUAUUAAUAUUUUAAAAAUUCGGAACGGCUGAGUGAGAAUUCCCGCGAGAGAAAUGGCGCAAGUUUUGAAUUUUGGAAUUUAGGCCGUACUAUGUCGCCCUAUUGCGUCCAGGGAUUCGAUUAACCCUUUGUUCUGGCGGGAAGAUUAUGAGCUCCUUCUCCCGCACGACUCAAUCUCACCACUGCACGCACUUCAACUGGUUAGGGUUUAGAAAAAGGACGGAAAAGAUAGCUCAAGCCAAACCCUAUCCGUCCGCCUGUUCAUCAUUUGUUGGAGGGAGAGCACAGCACAGCGCCGAAUCAAAUGGCUUCUUCACUUUCCUUGAAGCGUGGACGUUGCGAGAGCGACAGCGUGUCUUCCGCCCGAUUGUCGCCGGUGGUUGUGUUCUCUCCCGGCCCUGGUUGUACCGUCUCUUCCGAGUGGAUGAUCAGUUGGAAGGAGAUGCUGGAAGAUGCUCUGGAUGCUGUUGAAGUAAUCACCGUCCAGCAACUUUAUAGUUCCGGGGAACUUUCAAGACAAUAUGAUGCGGCGAGUUACCAUGGCUUUUGUGCGAGAAUGGCAGCGAGGAAAUACCCUGGACAUCCUCUGGUUUUGGCUGGGAGAUCUCUGGGUUCAAGACUAAGCUGCUUAGUGGAAGCUAAGGAGGGGGUUGAAGUUGCAGCGGUGAUAUGCUUGGGCUACCCCCUUGAGGGCAUGACCGGAGCAGUUGAGGAUGAUGAGGCACUGAUGCAAGUCAAAGCCCCCAUUAUAUUUGUUCAGGGUAGUAAAGAUGUGUUCUGCCCACUUGGAAAGUUGGAAGCCAUCCGCAAGAAGAUGAAUUGCUACAACGAGUUGCAUGUAGUUGAUGGAGGCAACCACUCGUUCAGGAUUGGAAAGCGACAUCUACUUGCCAAUCAGUUGACACAAGACGAAGUUGAAAUGAAAGCUGUUGGGGUUAUUGCUUCAUUCAUUUCGAGUUGUCUGAGAGGAGCAUCUCUUGGCCGUCAGGUUCAGCAGAUUCAAGUUGCUUCAACUCUUUUCCCAUUGAAUCACCACCAAAACAAAGAUGCAGGAAAUACUAGCUCAUCACUAUCACCUGUGGUUGUUUUUGCCCCUGGCUCUAGUGCUCCAUCUUCUUCUAGUUGGAUGUUCAGGUGGAAGGUGAUGCUCAAGAAUGCUCUGGAUGCUAUUGAAGUCAUCACCUUUGACUAUCCUUAUAUGAUUGGUGAAAAGAAGAGGGCUCCUCCAAAAGCUGAAAGACUGGUCCGGUUUCACAAGGAUAUUGUGAAACAGGCCACAGAGAAGUACCCUGGACAUCCUCUAAUCUUGGCUGGGAAAGCCAUGGGAGCAAGAGUGAGCUGCAUGGUGGCUGGUGAGGUGGACGUUGCAGCUUCAGUAGUAGUAUGCUUGGGGUACCCACUUAAGAGCCUAGUCCGAGCCACACUGAAUGAUUCACUGAUGCAACUUCUAGUCCCAGUCAUGUUUGUACAGGGUAGCAACGAUGUUUUCUGUCCAUUUGAUAUGCUGCAAUCGGUUCGCCAGAAGUUGAAAUGCCGGAGCAGGUUGCACGUCGUAGAUGGAGGGGACCAUUCUCUCAAGAUAUCGGUUGAGCAAAAGCUGGAAGAUGGCUCCACUCAACACGAAGCUGACAUGGAUGCUGUUGGCACCGUUGCUUCCUUCGUUUCCAGCUGCCUAACUCACAUGAAAUCACAAUAACGCGAUGUAAAUAUUUCACCACCUAGCUAGCUCUCUUUUGGUAUAUGUAUGUAGUAACAUGGGCAGGUUUCUGGGUGACCAUUUCCCGGGGGAAUCAGGAUGCAUAUAUAGUUAGGGAAUGUAACUGCAGUCAUAUUGAACAUUCCUGUAGCUAAUUUUGUGGUUAGUAUUGGGGAGGCCUCUAUGUGCCUGCCAUUUUCGAUCUUAUCAUGUGUUAACUAAAGCUCUUUAUGGAAU